AUGCUGACCGCGAUGCUCGCUGCCUGGCUCACCCGGCGGCCUCUGACUGUCCUGGGCGCGCUGACGCCGCCAGUGUGCUACUUCCUCGCCCUCGCCCUCCUCCCGCCGGGCCCCAAGUCCACCGCCGCCGUAUCGCUCCUCCGGUCCGCCCUGGCGCUCUGGAGCUUCCUCACCUUCCUCGCGCUGCCCUUCCGGUACUACGUCCCCGCCUCCGCCGCCUUCACCUACCAGCUCGGCCUCGUCGGCUGGUUCGGCGCCGGCCGCGUCUUCGAGCUCUUCGUCCUUGCGCCGCUCCUCCCGCUGCGCCCCCCCGCGCACAUGCGCUACCAGUCCGACACCCCGCCCGUGUCUCCGGCGUCGGCUACCGUGCCCCUGCCAGAUGUCCCCGAGCGGACGUUCAAGGACAUGGACGCGGAGCCCGAGGUCGAGGACGUGCGAGCGCAGCGGGGGUGGUGGGAGCGUGCGGUGUGGGCGCUCGACUUGAUGACCGCGAUGCGCGGCGUCGGCUGGGACUGGGCGACUGCCGACGUCCGGCACUCCCCCUCGCGCUGGCACCCGGCCCCGGGAACCCAGCUUUACCGCCUUUCCACCACCCUCCUUCCGACUUUGUUCCUCGCCCUUGCGUGCCUGCGGUACCUCCACCCCGCCCCCGCGCAAUCGAUCUACGAGCUGCCACUCCUCCAGCAGUGGGCCUUCGUCGCGUCCCUCGGCAUCGCCCUCUACACGCUCUUCGACGUCGGCUACACCUCCGCCGCGCUGCUCGUCGGCCUGUUAAUCCCGCACACGCACCUGCGCGACCGCAAGACGAUCUACAACUCCCUGCUCUCCUUCCCGCCGCUGUACACCGCGCCGCUCGCGCGCGUCGCCUCCCUGCGCGACUGGUGGGGGCGCGGGUGGCACCGGCUGUUCGCGCGCUACUUCUUGGUGUACGGCGUAUGGCCCGGCCACAUCAUGGCACUCACCAUCGAGCGCCUCCUCCGCUCUAUCAUCCCCUCGCCCUCUCCCUCUCCCUCCCCACCCAACCCCUCCGCCAACAACAAACCCCCCUACCCCUACCCCCGCCGCACCACCACCCACUCGCGUCUCCCCGCCCCGCCCGCGGGCGAGUGGGGCAAGGUCCUCGGCGCGUUCGCCAUCAGCGGGGCGGUGCACACCGUCGGCGAGUUCGCCGCGCUCCGCCGUUUCGGGGGCGCGGGGGCGGGCAAGGUGGGCGGGGAGUUUUGGUUCUUUCUGCUGAAUGGCGUGGGCGUGCUUGUGGAGGAGGCGGUGCGGAGGGGGGUGUAUGCUGUUAGGGCUGGCGAGGGGAAGGAGAGGUCGUAUGAUGGUUAUGUGGGGAAGCUGUGGACGCUGUUGGUGUUGCUGAAUACGGGCGUGUUGUUCGCGGAUGGGUGGGUGCGGUCUGGGAUCAUUUGGGAGGUGACUGGCGGGGAUGUGUGGGGGAGAAUCAUGGGUGGGGUUUGAGAUAGAUCAUAGAGGCGCCGAGACAGGGGCAACAGUGUAAUAAUAGAUACAUAUACCGGUACAUACAGAGAAACGACGAGCUACUACUGUACACGAGGGAACUGUUGGAUGUGAUCACAACAUGCGCGCAACGAUAAAUAGUAAAGCAAAAGUGCAAAGCGGCGAGAGCAUACUAGGAAUGACAGAGCAGCAAUUCAUGGG